AUGGAAGUGGUGGAGAUUAACACGAACAAGAGGCAGUUGUCACGUUAUAAACCGUUAGAAUGCCCAUGUAACGUUAGAUGUACGAAGAGAUACGUGCAACCAUUACGAGUAAAAUCAUUCGCACCGGAGAGAACGUAUUGUCCGCCGUCGAAGGUUCUCGAGGCUAAUACAACGUACCACUUGUCGUACUUGAACGUAGACCAUGGGAAAAUGUGUUACACUCGAUCUCAACCCAUCCGACCAAUUCCUGCUCUUGCUAAACCAGACGGGAAAUUCUCCAACGAUACUACGAACAAAUUAAGUUACAAGCCCGUCGGACAUAUCCCCAAAGUAAAACCGAUUCUACCUAAGCAAAGACCGAUGAUCGGAUCAGGUCGCAUGGAGUGCGUCACUACCGUUCGACGAGAUUUCGCGCGGAAACACAUAGACAGACCGGAAGUGAUAGUGCCCUGCGGGCACAUACGUUUAAGCGGUGGUAAAUUGGAUGGUAGUACAACCGCGAAACUUUCUUACGUGGAUCCAGGCCCUACAGAGCCGACGAUGAACUUCAAGCCUCUGAGAGCUUAUUGUCCACCCAGCGAACCGAUACUUCACGACACUACUCAAAAGUUGAGCUAUCAACCUGUUGAUUUUCAAGAGAAAGAGAUAUGUCCGUGGCAGCUGAAACCGACGUACAGGUAUUUGCGCGGGAUUAAGCAAUUCGUGUUUCAUAGGUCCCUCUGUAGGACGCUGUAACAACAUAUUUAAAGACCUCCAGAUGUCUCGAUGUGUGGAAGGACCACGUAUUCUGAGAGUUAUUUGAAAACCGAGGAAUCAUGCACGGAGAAACCCAUCAAGCCGACCGCGACCAAUAUACUUCCCUGUGGCGGUGAAUUCGCCGGGAAAACAAUUUACAAAGAAAGCUAUUUGGAGUCGUGCAACGUAGACCGCGUCGAACCUUUCAUUCCUUGCAACAGUAUAUCGAAACCAGAUGGCAGAAUAUCGGGGGACACGACGAGCAAAUUGAGUUAUCAACCGGUUCAAAGUGAGAAACGUUCUCCGAUAUUGCCGCGACGCAGAUGUAUGAUAGGAGACGGCCCGAUGCAAUCGGAGACCACAAAUCGUUCCGACUUCGCCCCGAAAGCGUCCACGAGGCCCGAUCUUGUUGUCCCGUGUAAUAAUCUACGAAGCGCCGAGACACCAAUGGAAGACAGAACUACGACCAGAUUAUCUUACGUCAAACCCGGGCCAAUAAAAUGCGUCGAAAGUUUCAAACCUGUUGCCCGGUAUAUUAGGUUACCUCAUAAAAUUGAUUGCGAGAGCGUGAGCAAGUUGUCGUAUCAGCCGUGGUGCCCGACUCCCAAGGAAAGUAUUCCAUGGGCAUCGAAAAGCAAAUACCAACCGCCCACGGAUCCUAUGUGCACCGACACUAUUUAUCAAGCUAGUUAUCCCGCUCCUGGACAUUACGAAGAGAUAUGCGAGCCCGGUGCAUGUGACUGCUUGCUUUCGGAAGAUACGUGCCCGCUUGCGCAAGCAAACACCGUGGACGAGAACAAUUGUAAACGUUAAACAAAAUUUUAUUCGUCGAAUGGUAAUAUAUCUAUGAACAUUACAAGAAGCAUCGAAAUUACAAAAUUUCUCGGCAAUUAUUUUUUUGUUCGAUCGAGAGUGAAAAAUAAAAGCCUUAUUUCUAUCGUAUGUACAGCGAAAGCUAAAACGAAUAUGUUCGGUUCGUCUGAACGUACGCAGAGGUGACGGCGCAAGAGUAAUUCGGAAGUCGAAUUUAAGGAUAUUUUAUUGUAUGGUACGUCGAUAUACGGAUGCAUCUUAUUUUACACUUAUGUAUAGUAAUUACUGUAUACAGGUUGACGAAUAAUACACGUUUUAUCUUUUACAAAAUGUAAAAUUGUUCUCAAUAAUAAAAUAAACUCUAAUCUUUGAUAAAAAGAUCAAUAGACAAUAUUAACGUACACUCUUCAGAGAUAUAGCUUAUUUCAUACAUACAUACGUACAUAUAUAUAAUAUAUUAUAUAUAUAUUAUAUAGUAAAUAUAAUGGGAUAACAAUGCGUGUAAAUCCUACCCAAGGCAAAACUUAGCGUACAUCGAUGUUUUACAUAUGCGUAACAAUUAAUAAUUUUCUUCUUUUUUUUUAAUAUUACAUAUACCACAGGGGAGGGAACGAUAAUUAAAGGUACGAUUAAUUUUGUCUAUUUAAAUUGCCCAUUAAACUUUUAGACGCUUAGGAUUAACGCUUGCGUUAAAGAUGCCUUUACUUCGAAUUUGCUAAUUUUUUUUUUUCUUACUAUAUUGCGUUAUCAUCACGCUUCAAGUCGAAACAAACAUUUCAUCGUGCGAUUAGUGUUCGCGUUUUGUAUCGAUAACGCGAAUCCUCUCACGAAAAGGAAGAGUUUCACUAAAUCUAGAUGUAAAUUUACAUGUAAGUAUUUUC